CACCGGAAGAGUCGUCAUCCGGGCGGGUGGGCAGAAUUUACUCAAUAAUACAAUACACGAAACAUUGAUGCAACAUUACACGCCGGCAUCUCAUUUUCCUCUUGCUCUCCGACCCUAUUCAAACUCCUGUAGCACCGCUGAGGUUGUUAAGAUGCCCACCACCAAGGUCGCCGUGCUGGACGACUACCAGGAGCUCUCCAAACCCCACUUUGACCAGUUACAAGGUGACAAAUAUCAGGUAACCAUCUUCACGGACACUUUACCGCCAUACAACCAUCCAGACACACCUCAGGAUGCCAAAAAUGCGCUCGUGAAACGGUUGGAACCGUUCGAAGUCAUUUGCACUAUGAGGGAGCGCACUCCUUUCCCGGGCGAUCUCGUGUCCAGACUCCCCAACCUCAAGCUGUUGUUGACAACUGGACCGCGCAAUGCCUCCCUGGAUGUGAAAGCUUUCUCAGACCGCGAUAUACCCGUCGCAGGCACAGUAGGCGAGAAGAAAAGCCCGGACAGCACGACACAGCACACAGUGGCGCUGAUUCUGGGCCUGGCGCGAAACCUUGCCCACGAUGACAAGGUCAUGAAGUCUGGCGGCUGGCAGACACAGGUCAACACCGGUCUCAGUGGGAAAGUCUUUGGCACUGUGGGUCUGGGGCGACUUGGUUCGGCAACUGCCCGAAUCAUGCAUCUUGCCUUCGGCAUGCGAGUCCAUGCUUGGAGCUCAAAUCUUACACAGGAAGCGGCUGAUGAGACAGCAAAGGCUGCGGGGCUACCUGUCGAGGACGCGAAUGGCGAGAAGACGUUCCAAGUCGUAAGCAGGGAAGAGCUGUUCAGUCAGUCAGAUGUCGUGAGCAUACAUAUUGUGCUCUCGGAACGGUCCAGAGGUUUGGUCAACAAAGAUGACUUGAACAAGAUGAAGAAGAGCGCUUUGUUAAUCAACACGUCGAGAGGACCAAUCGUGAAUGACGAUCAUCUACUUGAGGCGGCCAAAAACGGGGCGAUAAGGGGCGUCGCAGUUGAUGUCUAUGAGGUCGAGCCCCUUCCGAAACAGAGCGAGUGGCGGACGACAAAUUGGGGUGAAAACGGCAGAUCUCAUGUUCUCUUGACUCCUCACAUGGGCUAUGUGGAAGGCGAGCCGGUAUCGAACUGGUACAAACAGCAAGUGGAUAACAUUGUCAGGUGGGAAAAGGGGGAGCCACUUGAAACCGUGUACAAAGACUCUGGAUAUUAAUCUCUGACUACCUUGAAAAAGAACAAACU